AUGGUCGAGCGCGUUCAGCCAUCGAAGGAACCUCCGAGAUUUCCACAGUAGAGAGAGAGGAGAAGAGGAAGAAGAAGAAGAAGAAGAAGAGAGAAAUGGGAUGGAUAUGGAUGGAAGCGGUUCUUCCUCUAGGAAUUAUUGCUGGGAUGCUCUGUAUAAUGGGGAAUGCUCAAUAUCAAAUCCACAAAGCCGCCCAUGGCCGGCCGAAGCACAUCGGUAAUGAUAUGUGGGACGUUGCCAUGGAACGCAGGGACAAGAAACUCAUGGAGAAUUUCUCCGCCGCUUCCCAUAGUUAAUUUUAGACCUGCAUCGCCGGUCCUAGGUGCAGGAGUUGUGGCGGAUGCACUCUUGAUGAAGGAAUGAAUAAAAGUGUUUGUUGCAGAAUGCAGAUGUCUGUGCGAUGACGUUCAAUCACAUACUCCAUUGUUUCUAUCUUAACCUGAACAUAUGCAUAAUCGACCGUCAAGAAUUACUUUAAAUAUCAAAGUAGAUGUUCUCCUGAAUGUUGACUUCUGAGUUUUUGUUUUUCUGGAACUGGCUCUUGCCUUCUUGAGCAGAAGGUACCCCGUACUCAAAUGAUUGAUGAAUGAACAGCCUGGAGUUCUUGUAA